CUUUGUUUCUAUACCAAGCAAAAUAUUUUACUAUUUUACAUUAUACACUAAAUAAGACCCACCAUUGUUGAUCAAAUUGACUAUACUUAUCUUGAGCCGCCGGAUUCAAUUAUUAUAACUCCAACAUCAAUCUCACUAUAUAUUAUACUUGUCUCUAUAAUUCAACAAUUCAAGCUUUAUCUCUUUCUUUCUCUCCUCUCUAUCUUUCUCUCACACUCAUGGGUCUUCCAACAGAUUUCAAAGAGCUUCAGAUUCCAGGUUACGUACUAAAAACACUUUACGUCAUCGGUUUCUUUAGAGACAUGGUCGAUGCUCUUUGUCCUUACAUCGGUCUACCAAGUUUUCUUGACCACAACGAGACCUCUCGAUCCGACCCGACCCGACUCGCUCUCUCCACGUCAGCAACUCUUGCCAACGAGUUAAUCCCGGUGGUUCGUUUCUCCGAUCUUUUAACCGAUCCGGAAGAUUGCUGCACGGUUUGCUUAUCCGAUUUUGUAUCCGACGAUAAGAUUAGACAGCUGCCGAAGUGUGGACACGUGUUUCAUCAUCGUUGUUUAGACCGUUGGAUCGUUGACUGUAAUAAGAUAACGUGCCCGAUUUGUCGGAACCGGUUCUUACCGGAGGAAAAGUCCACGCCGUUUGAUUGGGGUACUUCAGAUUGGUUUAGAGAUGAAGUGGAGAGUACCAACUAAUAAUGAUGGUUUUACUUUUACUUUUUACUUUUUUCACGGUAAUAUUUUUCUACUGUAUAAUUCUUUCUUCCAAACUACUGUAUAAUUCAAGUAUAAGAUUAUGUAAUUGUGUAUAUUAGCAUCAAUCAUCUUUCUUUGUUAAAGAACCGUCUGUAUAAAAUCUUCCAAUGUAAUCUGCUUUUCUUUUAUUUGAAUAAAAAAGUGGACAAAUAAACACAUCAAGUGUUAUGGUAUAUCGCUAUGUUAGGAAUCUGAAUUCAUUUUCUUUUGAAGAAAAACAGUAUUCAUAAUCUAAUUCGUCUCUACCAAAUAGAAUU